CAUAUAAGUUGGAACUCUUGUGUUUCCCCAGGUUCUCUGCUGCUGCUUCCCUUAAACCAUGAUGCUCCAGGCGGCUGUGCUCAGUGUCCUCUUCUUCUCAGUCUACAGUUUUACUAUACAGGCUUCCUUUGAAAAGCGUGAGGAGAACUCUGGCAACACCAUUGAGGAUGACGAUUUCAGUGUGUCCACCCUGUUGGAGAAGGCCAAUGUUAAUCUUGGAAAGAACUUUGAUGACCCUCUGGUGUUAUUUGGAGACAUAGCAGUACCAACAGGUCUACAGAACGCUGAUCCCUGCACAGCACGAGGUUGCCUGUGGCCUAAAGCCACCGACGGCAAUGUCUACGUACCCUACACCAUCUCAGACGAGUACUCCACACGCGAGAGAGAAACCAUCGUCGAAGGCCUGCGGUCAUUUGCUGAGUCCACUUGCAUCCGCUUCACCCCCUUGGCUAACGGACAAAGGGACUUUGUUGACAUACAGUCUCGCCAAGGGUGUUUCUCAUUUGUUGGACGUCGUGGUAGAGGCCAGGUAGUGUCUUUGAUGCGCCAGGGCUGUGUUUUCCGGCAGAUCAUCCAACACGAGCUGCUCCACGCCCUGGGCUUCAACCAUGAACAGACUCGGUCCGACAGGGACGAGCAUGUUAGCAUUCAGCUGCAGAACGUCAUUCCUGGCAUGGAGCACAAUUUCAGGAAGAUCGAAACAAGGAACCUUGGCACUCCCUAUGACUACGGCUCUGUCAUGCACUACGGAAGGUUUGCCUUCUCUAGUAACAGGCAGCCAACCAUCAUUCCUAUCCCCGACAACAAUGUAGUCAUUGGCAGAGCCACCCAGAUGAGUCCUACUGACAUCCUUCGGGUGAACCGCCUGUAUGGCUGCAAUUCGACUGUUUCCAGACGUGACCUGAAACCUGUGCAAAGAAAGCACUUCCUCUAGAAAUGAAAGAAAUCCAGAGCAAAUGAGGCAAACUGAUGCAACGUUGUACAAGCAAAACCAGAAAUGCAUCUUGUGCUUAAUGAAUGUGCUUUUAUUCAGAAUUUGAUUAAAUUAGCUUGCAUGCUGUCCUAAUAAGAAAUGAAGUGUCCAGUGACAUCAUCAUAAAUGUACACUUACAUGAAUAACUGCUUGUGAGCUUGAUUAUAUACUAAUAAAUAAAACAUGCUUAUUCAAAUCA